AAAAGCAAAGCCAAAUCAAUGUUUUACUCAAUGUCUGUCCUUAGACUGGUCUCGAAAUUUCUGGAAAAUGAUGAAAUAGUUUACGUUUUGAUUUUAGAGCUCAUUAGAAAUCAGUUGAACAACUUAACUGGUUGUAAAAUUUUAUUAUAAGUUUAAUAUCGUUUUUUAUUCCUAAAAAUAUUAUUUGACUCACAUUUUGUAAACACGUGGUUUCUGAUCCGAGUCGCUUUCCCCCAUUUAUCAGACCGGCACCUAGUGAUCAGAUUUGGUCAAAUAUUUCUCUAAUUUGUGACUCUUUCCUGAAUCUAGAUAAAUAACCAAAAUAAUGGCUGGAAUUGGUAAGCGUCUUAUUCCUUUGCUUGAUAGAAUUUUGGUGGAAAGAUUUAUUCCAGAGACUAGAACAAAAGGAGGAAUUAUGAUUCCUGAAAAAGCUCAAGCGAAAGUUUCAAGUGCCACUGUUGUUGCUGUUGGUCCUGGUGCACACAAUGCUAAAGGAGAAUUUGUUACUCCCAGUGUUAAAGUAGGUGAUAAAGUACUUUUACCUGAAUAUGGAGGUACCAAAAUUGAAAUAAAUGAAAAGGAAUUGUUUAUCUUUAGAGAUGCUGACAUUCUUGGUAAAUGGGCAGAUUAAGAAGUAUUUAACCUAGAUAGAAAAAAUUAUUGAACAAUUAAGUCAAUCAUCAGUGCAGCAUUGAUGUCUCAUUAGCAUGAAUCCGAAAAUAUUGUAAAAUGCAUUUAAAGAUGAAUCAUUAGUGGUUAUAAUUUCAUUUGUUAUUUUGAAUAAAAUGUUUUUUCUUAUAAA